GUAUCACCGGAUAGGCUACAAACCCGGAAGUCGUAACGUGUACAGUGCCUUUAAGCUAGCUUCUUUUGUUUUAGGGGAAUUAUAAUACUGUGUUUUAAGUCUGACGAGCCUAGUUAUUAAAGCCAAUCAAUUAAGCGUUAAGGUUGUUUGUCGUAACCAUUUGGAGUUUUGCAGUAGCGGCUUAAACCUGCUAUCCCUGCUUUCCGGCCGCCUGUCAUCUUUGUUUACCGUCUCUGCGGUGCAACAUUUCUCAGCUGGCCGGAGUUCACAAUGGACGGCGAGGCGGACGCGUCGCUGGCGGUGUCGGAGGAUGCCGGCAACGGAAGGAGACGCAGGGUGCACGGCAUGCUGAAGCUAUACUACGGCCUGAACGAGGAAGGAAAGGCCGCGGAGCAGCAGGAGUCACUGGAUCCCUGCGACAUCAAUGGGCCGCAUUUUGAUCCUGAACUCUUCCUCAACAAGCUUAGGAGGGAGUGCUCCCUUGCGGAGCUGAUGGACCAGGAGACCUGCAUGGUAAAGCAGAUCCGCUCUUUGGACAGUGACAUGCAGACCCUUGUAUAUGAAAACUACAACAAGUUCAUAUCUGCUACAGACACUAUCAGGAAGAUGAAGAAUGACUUCAAAAAGAUGGAGGACGAAAUGGAUCGCUUGUCCGCUAACAUGGCGACGAUCACUGACUUCAGCGCCCGCAUCAGUGGAACGCUUCAAGACCAGCACGCGCAGAUUACAAAGCUCUCAGGGGUUCACGCUCUGUUAAGGAAGCUGCAGUUCCUGUUUGAACUGCCCGCUAGAUUGAAUAAGUGUUUGGAGAUGCAGGCCUAUGCUCAGGCCGUGAACUCCCACCGCCGCGCCCGCUGUGUGCUGCAGCAGUACAGCCACCUGCCCUCCUUCAAGGGGAUUCAGGAUGAUUGUCACGCCAUCAUAGAGAAACUGGCUCAGGAGCUUCGACAGAAGUUCAGGGACGGUGGGUCAAGCGCUAAAGAUUUAUCGGAGUGUGUGGAACUGCUGCUACAGUUGGAUGAGCCAGCAGAGGAGCUCUGUGAUAAAUUCCUGAACCAUGCACGUUCUCGACUUGAGUUGGACCUCCAGGGUCUGGAAGCAGAGAUAAAACCGUACUCUUCAGCCUCAUCUACGAAAGACCCCUCUGCACGUGCACCGUCAUCCGCUGCUGCUGCUGGAUCUCCAACUGAUAACUCCCCCAAGGCCACUACAUUCCUCUCUCCCACCUCAAACACUGAUAUCUUGGAAUUCAUUGACAGGGGCUGCAAUGAAUUCGUGAGCAGCUUAUGUUUAGUAAUUACAUCCUAUCAAGAACUGUUUAUCAACCACGCUCAGACAGGGGAGCUAGCUUCUAAAAAUAUCCCACAAAUGGCAAAUGGCAAGCUUCAUGCCUUUGUGAAUGACCUGGCAGCUCGGUAUUUUUCGCUCGUCGAGCGCAGGAUCCAGGAAGAGAAGGGGGUCGGAGAUAACUCCCUCUUGGUCCGUGCCCUUGACCGAUUCCAUCGCAGGCUUCAGGCUGUAGCCAAACUGCUUCCAGGCUCCGAUGUGCCAAACAAAGGCACAGAGAUCGUCAUACGGGCAGCAACAGAGCGAGUCAAGCAGUACCUCGCCGCUCUGCAGAGUUUCUACUUGGACAGCUUGACAGAUGUGAGGCAGGCCCUCGCGACACCUCGGCUGUCUGUGAGUGGGGCUUCAGCAGCUGGAGGUGGAGCUCUGCUGGGGGGGGCACUCUCUGGUAGAGAUGCCACAACCAGCCUCCCAGAUCUGCUCUCCUCUUUGUCUGCAUCGAUCCUCAAUCAGAUUAAGUCAGUUCUGGCGUCAGUGCAUCUCUUCACCGCUAAGGACAUUACAUUCUCCAAUAAGCCAUACUUCAAGGGUGAAUUCUGCAGCCAGGGUGUACGGGAAAGUUUGGUGGUGAGCUUCAUAAAGUUUGUAUGCCAGUCUUCUCGCCAGUUCUGUGAGAGCGCAGGCGACAAAGGAGGUUCGACUCCUCCCGCACUUCUGCUGCUUCUGUCUCGUCUUUGCUUGGACUACGAAACCUCUACUAUCUCUUACAUACUCACGCUCACAGAUGAGCAGUUCCUUGUGCAGCACCACAGUCCUGUGACACCUGUCACAAGUUUAUGCGCAGAAGCCAGGGAGGCAGCACAGAAGCUACUGAACCAUUAUGUCAAGGUUCAGGGUCUGAUCAUCUCCCAGAUGCUAAGGAAGAGCGUUGAAACGCGAGACUGGGUCAACACCAUCGAGCCGAGGAACGUCCGUGCUGUGAUGAAAAGAGUCGUGGAAGACACCACCUCGAUUGAUGUUCAGGUGGGUCUUUUGUAUGAAGAAGGUGUGAGAAAAGCCCACAGCAGCGACUCCAGCAAGAGGACCUUUUCUGUUUAUAGCAGCUCCAGGCAACAAGCCCGCUAUGCUGCCAGCUACACUCCGAGCGCUCCCAUGGAUACUAAUCUACUAAGCAAUAUACACAAGCUGUUUUCUGAGAGGAUUGACAUCUUCAGCUCAGUGGAGUUCAACAAGGUUUCUGUAAUGACGGGAAUAAUCAAAAUCAGUUUAAAGACAUUUUUGGAGUGUGUUCGCCUGCGCACCUUUGGCCGCUACGGGCUGCAGCAGAUCCAGGUCGACUGCCACUACCUACAGAUGUACCUGUGGCGCUUCGUGUCGGACGAAAACCUUGUGCACUUCCUCCUAGACGAGAUAGUGGGCAGCUCCGCCCACCGCUGCCUGGAUCCUGCACCAAUGGAGCAAAGUGUGAUUGAGGUCAUCUGUGAACGAGGUUAAAGAUCACAGUGCAGUACAGGCAGAAAGACCAAACAAACAGACAGAAUCCUGGUAAAUACAAGUUAAAACACUCAUUCUUGUGCAGAAUCACAUUACGGAUUAAUAUUAAAACAUUUGAUAAUUUGUUUUACAAUGUUCUGAGCUCCUUUGACAAAUGAGUUAAAUUGCCUUUUUAUUGUGUCUGAGGCACUGAACCUUCAGUAAUAUUACUAACUGACAAGUGAAUCUAUGUCUGUAUAUGACAUUCUAGACACACAAAUAUGCAUGCACGCCUUAAUAAAACAGAAUCAAGAAACAGAGGUAAAAGUACUUUUUCCUCAUCAGUGUACGAACGUAGAAAGAUCAGAGUAAAUCAGUCAUUAUUCAAGCUUAACUUUAUAGAACGUUGUAAGAAGUGUAUUUAAUAUGAAUAAACAAUAUGAAUGAUUGGAGAGAAAUGUUGUUUCUAAUAGAAUCUCUUUGGUCAGUAGAUGCACUCUGACAUCUGAUUAUACAGUUUAUAGCUAACACUAAAAUGAUUACAGUGAAUUAACAGCUUGUCUUUCAUUCCAAUUGUUUGUUUUCUGUCUUGCACAUAUUAAUGUGAUAAAAAAGGUGUGUGUCUUUAAUAAAAAUGUUCAAAUGUAAA